ACCUCCCUGCUAAGUCGGAGGAGGAAGCCCAGCGCCACCGUCAGGAGUAUGAUGAAAUGGUGGCAGAGGCGAGGAAGAGAGAACUGAAGGAGGCUCAGAAGAAGAAAAAGCAGAUGAAGGAAAGAUUUAAACAGGAGGAAAGCAUCGCUAACGCAAUGGUGGUUUGGAACAAUGAAAUCCUUCCCAACUGGGAGAGCAUGCGGGGCCUGCGGCGUGUGAAGGAUCUGUGGUGGCAAGGUCUUCCUCCCAACGUGAGGGGUAAAGUCUGGAGUCUGGCCAUUGGGAAUGAGCUGAACAUAACCUCAGAUUUGUACGAGAUCUUUCUCUCGCGGGCCAAAGAGCGCUGGAAGAGCUUCAGAGAGACAGGCAGUGAGAUGGAGUCAGAUGUGGACAGUGCCGACCGUGAGUCCAGUCUGGAUCUGAUCAAACUGGACAUAUCGCGCACAUUUCCAUCGCUCUUCAUCUUCCAGAAGGGUGGGCCGUACCAUGAUCUCCUACACAGCGUGUUGGGCGCUUACACCUGCUACAGACCUGACGUGGGAUAUGUUCAGGGCAUGUCCUUCAUAGCGGCUGUGCUGAUUCUCAACCUGGAGGAGGCCGACGCUUUCAUCGCAUUUGCCAAUCUCCUCAACAAACCCUGUCAGAUGGCGUUCUUCAGAGUGGACCACGAGCUGAUGCUGAAGUACUUUGCAGCGUUUGAGGUGUUCUUUGAAGAAAACCUCCCCAGGCUUUUUAAUCACUUCAACGGUUACAACCUCACACCUGACCUGUAUCUGAUAGACUGGAUCUUCACCCUCUACACUAAGUCCCUGCCGUUAGAUGUGGCAUGUCGGGUGUGGGAUGUGUUCUGCAGAGACGGGGAGGAGUUCCUGUUCCGCACGGGCCUCGGGAUCCUGCGGCUCUACGAGGAAGUGCUCCUGCAGAUGGAUUUCAUUCACAUCGCUCAGUUCCUGACCAGACUCCCGGAGGACACGCCCCCCGAACGCCUCUUCAGCUGCAUCGCCAACACUCAGAUGAUCAGCUGCAACAGGAAGUGGACACAGGUGUUUAAUGCCCUCAUAAAGGAUAAAGAAAUGGAAAAAAGCAGCAGUCCUUCAGUGAGAAAUUCUUGAACUCUUUCCUCUACAAUUUUAUAUUUCUGUUAUGUUCCUCAAAUGAAUGGAUUGGCAGAGAGGAUUGUAUAAAACUGGGGUUCAUAGAGGUCAAUGCAAUGUGAAGAAAAAGCUAAACUUGAUUCCUUCGUAACCAUGCCAGUAUUACGGAAGCAAAACUUUGUAUGAAUUCAAAAUAUAAGCCUUUAAUGAGAAACUACUCCACCAGCUUAGUCAUGUACUGUACCAGAUACCACCAGCAUCAGGCUUUUUUUUAAUAUUCCUCCUUAUUGAGAGGAAUCAUGUGGUGCAUUUGAACAACUGUGCUGACAUACACACCACUCACUUUUUCUAUGCUGAAGUUUGUUUUGAAGGAGAUGCAUUUGGAGCCUGUUCAAUGCAAUUGAGAUUUAUAGAAUAGAGGUUCUGAGGUUCUUUUUUUUUUUUUUUUUAAAUGGUUUUGUUUUGUAGAACAAGACCAUAAUGAAGUGCAAUAGAAAUUGUACAAAUCAGUCAGAUGCAGUUAAUAAUGCAGAUAUGCUGCAUCUAGUGUGUAAGGUAUUCAGAAGCAUUAUUGCAUUUUGGAAGUCGACAUCCCAUUGUUCUUCUUUUAAAACACUAAUAUGUAGCCUAAUUUUAAAACUAAAUCUUAUUCUUGUCAGUGUGACAGUUGACCCCACAAGCUCGAUGUGAAUAAUACAUUCAGACAUUUGUGUGCUUAAUGUACAUUUUCUGACACUUGCCACUUAAAGAAUAAGAAUGUGUGGUAUAAUAAUCAAACUUGAGUCAUUUUUGUGCUUUAUUUCGGUUUAAUAACUUGGCGAAAUGCAUUGUUUAAUGUGGCGUUUACCCCUAAUAUCUGUAAAUAUUGGGUCUCUAAACAUUUUUCGAUUUGGUGAUGUAUUUUGAUGAAAAAUGUAAAUUGUAUCAUUAAUUCUUGGUUUGUUUUCUACACACUCCUUGUUUUAUUGUACAGUUUUCAUACUCGAGUGAAGAUAAAUUGUAAAUAGGUGAAAUAUUUGACACCACAAAAUUCAAAUGUGUAAAUAAAUCUAAAACUACAA